AUGUCGCAAUGGCGAGUCACAGAGGAGCACCCACUCCGGGAAGUCGGUGGGCUUGAUCAUGAACGGUGCGCCGCCCUACACAACCUCAUCGUUGAGCGGGGGUGGACAACAAGCGGCCGCAGCCUGGGAGAUCUAGACACACGGACAUGGUGGGAGUGCUACGGCGGAGAUGCGGCGCUGUUAGACUCGCCGCACGCCGCGAAAUUGAGUCCUUCGGUGGUUGCGUUCCUCAAAACGGCCUGGCAUGGCUACGCAUCUACGGCCCAACCACCCCAUUCAUUCUUCAGAUACCUCGCUGGCCUUUGCUCGCCCGAUGAUCUUUGGGAUAACGUCAUGUACGAUGAAGAGGAGGACGAUUCGAACAAGAAGCGCUACGUGACACUCUACAUGGCCAACUGGGCACUAGGCGCCAGUCAUCCACUGGGCCUUGUCUUUGAUCAGCAGACAUUCACCGCCAUGCAGCAUAUCUCUAUCCACGACACGGACAUCACAAUGAAUGGCCGGCAAACCUGGUUACCCCUUGAGAUCAUCCUUGAAUGCUUCCUUGACAUGAUAGACCAGGGUAAAGCACUCGCGGUGGACUCGCUCUACGAUGGCAACCAAGAGAGAACAGAUCCUUGGAUUAUGCCCUCCUAUACUGUCUCCGACGUGGACCAGACUCUCGAAGCUUUCAAUCGGCUAGCACAUGCGGUUGAAAUUCGUAUGCCUAGAGCUCCUGGUAAUGAAAACCACCAUGUUAGUGAUGAGAUCGAGCCAAGUGCACUCUCCCCAAAUACCUUCGCGAGCCAGUUCCUGCUGCGGGCUCGGGAAAUACGUUUUAGCCAGAUCGCGCCUGGCCUUUGCAUGGCCCGCCAGCAGCCAUUCUCUUCAGUCGAUACAGAAGAAGGAAAACUGAAGCCUAUACUGCUAUUCGAAAGCAGCUUGAAUGCCUGUCAAGAUACAGAACGAACCCCAUGGGGAGAAGAAGUCCCUAUAUCACCAUUCCCACGACAUUUCCAAGCUGUGUCCAAUUAUCCGGCCGGUUUGUAUCUAACGGAGACGGAUCCAGAUGGUAUACACCCGUUUGAAGACGGGUGCAAGCUUAUUCUGCCAUACGCUAUUGGAGGCAAUGGCUGGGCCCGGACAAGCGAUGCCGCAGUAUUCGGCGAAAGGGUUCGCUCUAGAGGGCCAACCGCGAGUCCAGGAGCACGCAGCACGCAGCUAUACCAACAGGGUUUCAACCAUUUCAUUGGAAAUCACGAUGUUCAGUUGAAGCAUGUGCUGUCGCGCUGGGCAGAAAUGGUAGAGAAAGGAAAAUGGGCAGUUGACCUUGACGGUGUAGCCGGGGGGAUACAGAAAUGGAGGGAGGCUGAUACAGAAGAUCAUUGGCAAGAAUAUUGUUUACCGAUAUCUUGGUAA